AUGCUAACAAAAGUGUUUAAACUUGAUUUAAUAAUUUUACAAGUAAUACUUGCUGGUUCUAACAUAUUCAGUGAAAGUCAGCGAAAUAUUCCAACCAGUAGUUAUUAUGAAAUGCCACCACUUUAUCAAUUCGACGAUUACGACAAAUGUAUAGACUCUCGAAUGUCAUAUAGUUAUUGUGUAGUUUACGCUGAAAUAGAACCAAAUGCCUCCUCACCACUUUGGAAUCAAAUUGAUAUGUACUCAAGGGAUGAGAGACAUCAUUAUCGUCAUGAUCGUCUUUUUUUUGGUGUUUGUGUAGAAGAUUGUAAAACUUUGUUAAAAUCAUUGCCAGACUUUCAACAACAGCAACUUUAUGAUAAAACGAUCGGUUCGAAUGAAAUUACAGAAUAUUACGCCGAGGUGUACAAGCAUGAGCCCGAUUAUCAUUUAGUAAAUCAGCAAUUGCUGGGAAAGUGUUUAAAUUAUAAUUUUCAAGCCAUGUAUCAACAACUACGGUUAAGAACAUCUAUUGAAUAUUGCGAGAGCUCUGAAGUUCCAUCAAAAAUCGAUUCUUUGGACGUUGUGGUUUACUCGAUCUUUAUUGGUAUUGGGCUUAUCAACAUUUUAUCAUCAUUUUACGAUUAUUUCUUACAUUGCCAGCAAACAAGGAACAUCCAAGCUUACGAUCACUAUAAAGAAAAUCAAUACGGCGUUAAAAAACUGCUGACUUCCUUCUCACUUUAUCGCAAUUAUUAUCGUCUACUUGCACCUUCAAGUAUUGAGAAAAAUGAAUUGAAAUUCAUUAACGGUCUUCGCGUUUUUUUAUUAUUCUGCGUCGUAAUGGCUCAUAGUGUUGUACUUGACAUGUUAAUACAAACACAAAACCCAGAAUAUUUUGAGAAAUUUUAUUAUAAUCCCGAAAUCGCAAUCUUUACCAAUGGCGCUGUUAUUAUUCAAAUAUUUUUUUUCUUCGCUGGAUUUUUUCUAAAAUUGAAAUUCGAUGAACUGCAAUUAGUAUCACCGCGGACCAGCUUACGUCGAUGUAUUGGAGUUUAUUUUAAAGUAUUUUUAGCACGAUAUUUGCGAAUCGUUCCCUCAUUAAUGAUUUUAAUAUUAUUCAAUGGCUUCCUGCUAUCUCAUAUGGGAGAUGGACCAUUUUGGCGGCAUAUUACCGAAGCCGAACAUGUUUUUUGUCGAGAAUAUUGGUGGCAAAAUUUAUUCAUGAUCAAUAAUUUUUUGCUAAAAGAAAGCUGCUGUCAACAUACUUGGUUUUUAGCCACUGAUAUACAAUUAACUGAAUUUUUCUUAAUAGUCUUCAUAUUAGUGGCCAAGUAUCCACAGAUAAAAAGGUUUUUUUUAGUAGUAUUAACAAUUGCAUCUGCAUUAAUAACAUCUGUGGUCACUUAUGUCCUUAAACUUGAACCGUUCUUGUAUGCCAGACCGGAAACAUAUCGUUAUGUAUUUUUCAAGGACUUUGACACUAUGUAUCAAAGCUAUGUUCCUUUUUACACUAAUUUAAGUGGUUAUAUUUUUGGUUUUAUAUGCGCCGAGAUAUAUGAAAACUAUGUACAUCUGGAUGCGGUAAAAAAGCGAUUUACUGGUUCCCUUUUAUAUGAGCUAUUUUUUUGGAUUCUCUUUUUAACUUGCUUUGGCCUAAUUUUUAGCGGUGUUUUCUUCAUAAAUCAUGAUAUUGAAAAGCCUUCGUUAUGGAUAGCUACAUACGCUGGUGUUUAUCGUCUUGCCUGGCUUUUUGUUGUUAUGUUAAUUGUAUUGGGAAUGUGCUUUAAACUGGGCUCUGUGUUUUAUCGUAUAUGCAGUUCACCACUUAUGCAGCCAAUCGGUCGUUUGUCAUUUCAACUAUAUUUAUGGCAUGUAACUGUCAUUAAGAUUCUAGGCGGAUUCUAUCGUCAACCAAUUUAUAUUAACACAACAUUUUUGGUUGGCCAAAUUUUUCUUAAUUUCUUUAUUUCAAACUUAAUAGCGUUUGUAAUGACUUUAACAUUAGAAUAUCCCGUGGCGCGUAUUAUCAAAUAUUUUAUCAAU